CACUCCUCCUCUCUGAGGCGCCGAAGCAGUGUGUGUUUUUGUGUAAAUAUGGCGGCGCACUAUAGCUCCAUCAUGCGUCUCCGGACUCUGUGCAACCUUGGGAGGAAAACCUUGGAUAUCAGAAGCAGAACCGUUUUGGACCGGACCGGUGUGAGCCUGUACAGGACCCGAGCUGGAACCGCUCACCGCCGGGAAGAACCUGCCACCGACACGGACAGAGGCCAGUCUGACCUCCUCAUGGAGUUUCCCGAGCCAAAGAAUCUCCUACAUUCAACUCUGUCUAGAUCCCUGAGACAAUCGAAUAUCUCUCGAUAUAUCCAGUACAACUGCACAGACGGAGAUAUUAAGAGGGCGACAGUUACACUGUUCUGGCCUCAGAGGAUCGAAGUAGAGGGAUUCGGAUCACGGAAACAGGAGGCGGAGCGACGCGCUGCAGCAGCUGCCUGCCAUAGGCUGAAAGAACUGGGAGUUCUGGGUGCUAGGAACCAGCUUCCCACACAGAGGUUAGCCCGGCAGGAUGGGUUGCGCUCAUCUGUCUGGGAGGAUGCAGAGGAAGACCCGAGUGUGUGUAAAAACAGGGAGCUACGACGAACCAUGAGCAACAGGAUGAGAAGAGCUGCGGGAAACCUGGAAGUGGUGGAAGAGGAUCCGAAGGUCUCAGAGGCGCUCGCCAUCUUCUCAAAGCCGAAGGCGCUUUUGGCGAGGGUUAUUCAAGUGGCCACAACGUCUAGUAGCGUCAACGAGCUGCUGCACUACAGGACAGUGGGAGGGAAGGUGAAGGAGUGUGAACUCUCUCUGCACUGGCCCGAGGAGAUGAGCUUUACCGCCCACGGCCGCCGCAGACUAGAGGCUGAAACGCGAGCAGCAGCACUCGCCUGCCUCAGACUUAAGGAGCUGGAGCUUCUGGAUGAGCAGAAUAAUCCUCUCACACAUGCCAAGUACAACCAGGAGGAGGUGAGGGAGGCAGGAGAGCGAGAGAGGAGGCCGUGCCGUGUGGAGAUCCCUGACCACAUGGAGCACAGGAUUAGAGAUUAUUUAACGCAGUAUCCAGUGGAGAAGGAGGUGCAGAAACUGUGGGAAGAGCGAGCAGACCAGAGGCAGUCUUCCUCCUUUAACGAGGAUGAUGAAAUAGAUGAAGAUGAUGAGGAUCCUAUGCUUGAUGCAAUCACUGGCAAGCCAUACCGCGCUCUGAACCCCGAGGAGGCAGAGUUACUGAGUGACAGCCUUCUGAGGCAGUGGGAGAGGGCGGGGCCAGCCCGUGGGGCGGAGCUUCCUGUAGACUCUCAUCGUGAACGUCUGGUGGAGGCAGUGGAGGCAUCACGGGUGGUGGUGGUCGCUGGAGAGACGGGCUGCGGGAAGACAACGCGGAUCCCACGCUUCCUGCUGGAGGGCCGUGUGAGGGGCGGAGUCGGUGCUCACUGCAACAUCCUGGUCACACAGCCACGCAGGAUCAGCGCGGUCUCAGUGGCCGGGCGCGUGGCCAGCGAGAUGGGCCCCGCCCUCAGGCCCUGCGUCGGCUACCAGGUUCGUUUAGAGUCUCGGCCCCCAGAGGCCAGCGGUGGCUCGCUCCUCUUCCUCACCGUGGGCGUCCUGCUGAGGAAGCUGCAGUCGAACCCGUGGCUGCGUGGCGUGAGUCACGUGCUGGUGGACGAGGUGCACGAGCGAGACGUGAACACAGACGUGUUGCUGGCCCUGCUGCGUCGCGCCCUUACCUGCAAUCCUGAGCUGCGUGUGGUGCUCAUGAGUGCCAGCGGAGACACGCAACGUCUUGCCUCCUACUUUGACGAGUGUCCUGUAGUGCACAUCCCCGGCUUCAUGCACCCUGUGAGACAGAGGUACCUGGAGGAGGUGCUGAGGGAGAUGGGGAGACCAGUGGAGAAGGCGAACACCCAGGAGAAGGAUGAUCCGACCCCUGACCUUGAUUUAGUGGCCGAUGUGAUUGAUCACAUUCACACUCAUGGAGAGCCAGGUGCGGUGCUGUGUUUUCUGCCUGGCUGGCAGGACAUUAAAGCCGUGCAGCAGAAGCUAGAGGAGAAACGGGCCUUCCAAAUGGGCUCACAGCUCAUCCUGCCAUUGCACUCCAGCAUGUCUGUAGCAGAUCAGCAGGUUGUGUUUAAGCGCCCCCCAGAGGGCCAGCGCAAAAUUGUCCUGGCAACCAACAUCGCAGAGACGUCCAUCACCAUCGAUGACAUAGUGCAUGUUGUGGACCUCGGCACUCAAAAAGAGCAGAGCUACGAUCCCAGAACCAAGGUCUCGUGUUUGGAUACAGUCUGGAUCUCUCGCUCAAAUGUCAUUCAGCGACGAGGGAGGGCUGGUCGAUGCCAACCUGGCCACGCCUAUCAUUUGUUUCCCCGAAAACAACUAGAUGCCAUGACCACGUUUCCCAUCCCGGAGAUUCUGCGCACCCCCUUGGAGAGCCUGGUGGUUCAGGCUAAGAUCCACAGUCCUCAGAGUAAGGCUGUAGACUUCCUGUCCCAGGUGAUGGACUCUCCAGAACAAGGAGCAGUGAGAGAAGCUGUGAGGACGCUGCAGGAUAUCGGUGUGUUAGACAUCUCGGAGUGUCUGACUCCGCUGGGAGAGCGUGUGGCAUGUAUGUCAUGUGACCCACGCUUGGGGAAGCUCCUGGUUCUCUCCUCUCUUUUCCACUGUGUCCUGCCCAUGCUGUCUGUGGCAGCCUGUCUGACCCGAGACCCGUUUCACAACAGCCUGCAAAACCGCUCCACAGUCAACAAGUCUAAAGAGGCUCUGAGUGGCACCAGCUACAGUGAUUAUCUGGUGUUCAGUAGAGCAGUACAGGGUUGGCGAGAGCUGCAGGACAGACACAGACGGCAGGAGUAUUUGGACUCACACAGUCUUUCAGCAGCCAGUCUGCGUUUUAUACACGGUUUAACUCAGCAGUUCAGUGAGAAUCUGGCGGAGGCGGAGCUAGUCACACACCCUGCCGAGUGUCUCCGCCCUUCAUCACUGCUCAAUCAGCACAGCAAUCAGGAGGAGCUUCUUAAAGCUGUGCUGCUGGCAGGGUUUUACCCCAACCUCAUCCAGGUGAAGAGAGGCGUUGUAAGCAAAGGGGGCAGGUUUCGUCCCAACGACCUGUGUUACCGCACUCAGACUGGGCCUGUGUUACUCCACCGCUCCUCCGUCAACAGGGCCGAGCGAAAGCUUCCUAGUCGCUGGCUCACUUUCUUCUCUGCAGUUAAAUCGAACGGUAGCGUCUUCAUCAGAGACUCAUCUGCAGUCCAUCCUCUGGCCCUCCUGCUCCUCACUGACUGCAACCUGAUUGAGCGUGCGUAUGGCGAUCAGGUGGAGGUGACCAUGCCGGGCCGUUCUCUCAUACGAUGGGAGCUCUCAGCUCAGAGCUGGGAGCUGCUGUGGGCGUUGCGCACCUCUCUGCAGGCUAUGCUUCACCGUAACCUCCGACCUUUAACCUCUGACUGUAGUGUCGAAGAGAGCAGUACUCAAGACGGCCAACUCAUCUCUUUAUUAGUGGACCUUCUGAACAGCACAGAGCCGGAUGCUAACACUGCAGACAGUGAUACAGAAUGA